CACGUGGCAGAAACCCAUUGCCCCUCUCAUAUACUCAGUCACUCGUGGCUAUCUUCUCUCCUUGCUAAAGCUAGAGAGAGAGAGAGAGAGAGAGAGAGAGUUGUUUCCAGAGAAGCCAUGGCUGGAGCAGCUUCCUGUUGUUCAAUCCUCUCUUUCAAGAGCAACUCUCGGACGUCUUGGUUGGUCUUGGACGCUCAUCGUGGAGCGAAUGUGUUAGGAAAAUCGCUCAAGCGGAGGAGCCUGCAGAUCAGGGCAGAGAUCAACUAUGUGAAUGCCGAGGAAGCAAAGAAUCUCACAGCAGUCGAGGGAUACGCGAUUCUAGACAUCCGGGACAAAACUCAGUACGAGCGAGCGCAUAUCAAGCAAUGCUAUCACGUCCCUCUUUUCAUCGAGAACCAGGACAAUGACUUUGGGACGGUUAUAAAGAGGACAGUGCACAAUAAUUUUUCGGGAUUGUUCUUCGGGUUGCCAUUCACAAAGCUUAAUCCCGACUUCGUGCAGUCCGUUAAGAGCAAGUUCCCGCCUGACAGUAAGCUGUUACUGGUGUGUCAGGAAGGUUUAAGAUCGUCUGCUGCUGCAAAUCAGUUGGAACAAGCUGGAUAUCAAAAUAUUGCUUGCAUAACAUCGGGGCUACAAUCUGUAAAGCCGGGCACAUUCGAUUCUAUUGGUUUGACUGAGUUGCAGGAUGCAGGGAAAGCGGGCUUGGUAACAAUCCAAGGCAAGAUAUCUGCAGUUCUCGGAACAGUGCUAAUCUGUGCGUUUCUCUUCAUCACCUUCUUUCCCGAUCAAGCGGAGAAGCUCUUUCAGCUUGCACCGACGAGCUAGUCCUGAGGGAAUCAACCAAUUUUGCUCUCUUGGAUCUAAUGUGUUCCAGAAGAUCUGUAUUCUUCGAUACCAGAAGUGAGGAAUCCUACUGGCAUGACGAAUUGGUGUGAAUAUCCAUGUUUCGCCCAACAAUUGGGGGACAUAACACAUCACCAUACGGGGUAUAUUUUCUCCAGGUCUUGGAUGGUCAACGGUUAUUCAUUCUCA